AUGGCAAGCUCCGUGGCCUUCAAGCUUGUUCUGGUGGUCCUCGGGUGUAUGCUGGUUGGUGCACCCUUAGCCCAAGCUGUCAUACCAUGCAGCAGGGUGUCACAAUAUGUGGGACCCUGCAUAAGUUACUUGAAGAAGGGUGGGGCCGUCCCUGUACCAUGCUGCAAUGGGAUUAGGUCCCUGAUCGGCUUGGCUGGGACCACACCUGACCGCCAGGGAGUGUGUAGGUGCUUGGUCGCGACUGCUAAAUCAAUUACCGGGAUCAGGGGUGACCUUGUUAGUGGACUCCCUAGGGCUUGUAGUGUGAGGCUUCCUUACCCCACUGGACCCAACGUUGACUGCAACCGGAUCCACUGA